AUGUCCGAACAAACUCGUGGGCACGCGCAAGACGCAACGGAAGUGCCGAAGGCAUCGGGCGUUGGGGAAUCCGACAUGUCUUGUUUUGACAACGAUAGAUCACCCCACAAAACAUCCAUAGCUGUGGACGAAGAACGUGACGCAAAGCGUUCUACGACCCGAGACCCGGGCAGUUUUGCUAGCGCGGGGUGCCUAGCCAAGGAUGCAUCAGAAACACUCUUCGCCAAGAUCAUCGGGAGAUGCGCUCUGCAAAAAGAUUUUGCGAGACUGGCAUUCGUGCUGUAUUGGUUGUCGAACAUAGGCUUCCCGAGCGAAAUGAUGACUCGUUUUUUCGACAUGAAUUUGCGGAGAAUGUUGGCUCUACAAUCCGCCAGCCGUUCCGAGCUUUGCCCACGUGACUUCAUAAGCGUUCUACGGUAUUCACUGCAUUUUGAUAUCGAUAGUUCGUUGCGCGAAGCUCUUUACAACCAGUUGGUAGCAAGCAACAAAAAAUCUCUUUUGUACUUGACAUUGCAGGACGCGAACAACCUCCUCGAUUGCCUUCUUGAAAAAGAACACGUGGACCAGGGACUUCUUGUUGCAGCUUUCGCAAGCAUACAACUGUGUAUCAAAGCGGCGCCCUCUCCGGAUGACAAACAGGCAAUCGGUGUGGCGCACUCCUACCUAGCAGAAAGAUGCAGGCUCGUGCAAGACGAACGCGCGCACUGGGACAGUAUAUUCAUGCAAUUAGACCACCUCAACGACUUGGCUAACACGUUUGUCGGGAGAGAUUCGCUGUGCAAUUUCCUGCAAAGGCACUGCUUGCCACCUUCAGAGUUACGCGUGAGAUCCGGCCCAGACGUAGAUGAAGUAAAUCGCCACGUUGUGCUCGAUGUAGUCAAGAAGCUUCAGCAUCUCUGCCCCACUAUGAAAGAAGAGACGCGCUCAUAUUGCGUAAAGCUCAUUGAUACUAUGUUACGGUCCGUGGACAGCUCACAAUAUGCAAACCUUUGA